AUGUUCAUUUUGGGCGGAUCCCUUGAGAAUGCCUUGAACCAAAGCGGAGUUGGACUGGAUUUCUAUCGCUUCUACAAUGCUGACUUCUUCAACCCUGCGCUCUACACUGCAAAGGUGUCGGAUGUGAGUCUCGAUCGCGUGCUCACCUGCGCCGAGUCCGUCAUGACCCGCGCGCCCGAAACUGCCUCCCUCUACUUGGCGGCCACCGGUGAUAACAACGGGGUGAAGACUGAGUCUGGCAACACUGUCUUGGAUUGCUGGCAGGACAAGUGGUGGGUGGCUCCGGCGUGUCGUGCGAAUCCCAGCGGCUGCAUUCCUUGCAUCACGUCAAAGGAAGGUUGGGGCCUGAGUUUCAUGAUGCAGCAAGCCUCGUUCCACAACAUGCCCAUCGCCUUCGCAUCCGCCAAAGAGAGCGAUGCCAGCUACGCCCAACUGGGGCGUGAGUUGCAGAGUUUGAUUUACUGGUGGUUCCCAGAUACCAUGUUCACCUUGGACAACCCGUCCGCGGUGAUUUUCCCAGCCUACAGCCCAUCAGAGCAGAAUCAGAAUAUCUACCGCACCAUGAGAGAGAACACGCUGCUGACCAAGUGGAUAGCAGGAGGAAUUGAAACUGCGGCAGAGAAGCCAGUGUUUGUCGCCACACAGGUGAACUUGUUCACAGAUGACAUGAAAAAACUGCUGCUCAGGUAUGUGCAGCUGGGCAAUGAUCCUUGGGAGACAGCCUGCGAAUGGCUCAAGGAGAAUCCCGAGCGCUGGGAAUCCUGGCUCCCCAACGAGACCGCGUGUACCUCGGGCAAGGGUUUGGUGAAUGGGAAUGAGCACUUCAUCAAUGAUCGCGCGGCAGCAGUUGGCUGCGCCGUCUGUCCCGUGGGGUACCGCUCGGUGGAGCAAGGCCAGACCCGCGUGUGCUUGCCGUGCCCCAAAGGCCAAUUCCAGGGGCUUCCUGGAGAGGACGUAUGUUUGCCUUGCGAGACGGGUAAGGUGGCUGCACAGACCGGGUCUAUGGCUUGCACACUGUGUCCCUUGGGCGAGUAUGCGAAUGAUACUGGAAUGACCGAGUGCUUUAUUUGCGGUGCCGGGACAGGGCAAGAAGAGAAGUGGACCACCAGCCAAGCCGUGGUUGCGCAGGGAAAGGAGACGUGGCUUCAGGUUCAGGGUUCUGUGAACCAAUCCUACUGCGGUUGCAUUGCAGGCACAUAUCUAUGGAAUGGUCGUUGUGAAGAGUGUAUUCAAGGGUCCAUUUGUGAAGGCUCCAGUAAAUUGUUGCUGGAGCCAGGGUUCUUCUCCAGACCAGAGGAGCCUGGAGCUGUGUACCGCUGCUUUGAAGAACCCGUUCGCUGCCCCGGUGGUGAGCCGGGCACCUGCGCCGUUGGUCGUGACACCAGCACAGUUGCCUGUAGUGCAUGUCUUCCCGGCCUACAUGCUACGGAUGGCAUUUGUGUGGAAUGUGGUGGAGGGGACUAUGCACUGCUGAUCACGGUUGGCAUCAUCGCAUGUGUGUGUAUUGCAAUAUUGUAUUUAGUUUUGGUGAACGAGGGUCAGAAGAGUCGCCAGCCAGGCAGCCUUCUGAUAGCUGCCCUGGGCAUGGGCCAGAUGGUGACCACCGUUCAGCAGCUCACAGUCAUUCAGCAGUUCAAAAUCGAGUGGGGUGAACCUUUCGCCGGGAUUUUGCUGUCAUUGGAGGUCUUUUCCUUUGAUUUGGACAUGAUCUCCAUCGGUUGCGUGGCGCCCAUGGGCCCAGUUGCCAAGUUUAGCUCCAGAACUCUCACAGUGGUGGGGCUCCUCUUGGUGGCCAGUCUAGUGCAUCUGCUGUACCUGGCAGUGACCAAAUCCAAGACCUUGCAGAUUAGCUUAUUACUGAGGACCUCGGGCACGCUUUUGUUGGUGUUCUUCAUCUCGUUGUGCUCCUCACUGUUGGCACCCUUUCGGUGCAGCCAACAUCCCAAUGGUCGUUGGACCGUGCAGGCCUACCAUGGAGUGUAUUGCAAUGGAGAAGGGGACCACCAAGUUAUGGCGAUUGUGGGUGGAUUGGCCUGUUUGAUGCCGAUUGGUUUUGUGGCGAUUUGCAUGUGGGUCAUCAUCAUUGAACUCCCAAAGAGGCUUCAAUCGGCAGACGUGAAGUUCUUGCGAGGCUGCUCCUUUCUCUUCAUGCGCUUCCGUCCCGGGGCUGAGAUCUUCAGCGUGCUGUUUCUGAUCCGCAAUGCCCUCGUCGUGCUGUGCCCUUUGUUACCCAGCCCCUCUGGCAAGGUAGUUUGCAUGAAUUUGAUCCUCUACGGCAGUUUGGCCAUGGUGGCCUAUAGCAAACCCUGGCGCGUUGCAGCGUGCAACUUCUUGGACGUGAUGCUCCUCGCGUGCAUGCUUGUCAUUCUGGAUGCUGGCUCUUUAUUCAUCCGAGAGGAUGAUGGUCAUACCACGAUGCUCAUCUGCAUGCUCUUCUCGGGCGUCAUGGUGCUGUCGAUCCUGACGGCCGUUUGCUAUGGUGUGGGCAGGCAUUUCAUGCUCAAGUAUCGCAAGCAAUUCAGGUUCUUCCUUUGCCACCAAAAGAUUGCAGCAGGAAGCAUGGCCCGUUUGUUGAAGAUGGAACUGCAAAAGCGUGGCUCCAGGAACACUACAUUUGUCGACUGUGAUGACCUGAACGAUCUCACCAGGUUGUUCAGCUACGUGGGUCAGGACACCGAAACCUUCGUGAUCCUGGGCUCGCCGGACAUCUUAACCAGGAAGUGGUGCGUGGGUGAGAUGUGCACGGCGCGCAGUCACGGAGUCAAUACAGUCCUCCUGAGGUGGCCCGAGUUCGUGAACCCUGACUACGAUUUCAUUACAAAGUAUGACAGCAUCGUGCCAGACAUUUCCGAGCUGGUGAAUUACAACAUCGGUCUGGCGGAGGUGCAAGAGACCAUGGCGUGGAUCAACACGGUGCAGACUGUGGACGUUCCUUCCAUGGUAAGUCUAGAAGGCAUGGAGCACAUCUGCUCCUCGUUGACUGGGUCCUUGCGAUUUCCAAGUCGCGCUGGUGGUGCGGAGUCGCCAGACUGCAUCAUCGUGUCGGAUUUGGACAACAUGGAGGCCGCAGCGACCGCCUACGUCUUGCUGGGAUUGAUGGUGCCCAAAUUGGUGGGGGCGGAACGGAACAACAUGCCCACAGUUCUGCAGAAGGGUCGACCAGUAUCAGAGACGGCCACAGCUGCUUUGGUGAUUUGCAGCGAUGGCUGCUUCAAGCAAUUGGAAUUUGCUGAAUGGUUGCUCCAGGUUGCUCACUUGCCCGACUGUUGUGUCCUUCCCAUUAUCGCGGAAGAUGGUUUUCGCUUCCCCUCCCCCUCCUACUACGAGGAGGUGGAGUCCAUGCCGCAGCUGGAGAGCUUGGACCUGCGGAUCCAUGGCGGCCGUCGCAUAUCAAGCAGAUUCUAUGGAAAUCCAUC